UAAUAAUCUUCAUUCCACACCACCCGCCAUCCUGCCGCCGCCAAAAUGACGACCCGUGGUAUUCGACGCAAGAAAUCCACUUUAACCGAAUUGAAAAUUGCGGUCGUUGGAGCGCCUGGUGUUGGCAAAAGCGCUCUUAUUGUUCGAUUUCUAACCAAACGUUAUAUAGGCGAAUAUGAUCAUCAAACAGAAAAUCGAUACAAACAUGAAGCUUUGGUUGAUGGUGAACCGGUGCUGUUUGAAUUACUCGACACAUGUCCCAAGACUGAUGACGAAUUUCCCAAUGCUGCUGAACUGGUACAAUGGGCCGAUGGUUUGCUGCUAGUCUAUUCCAUUACCGAUCGCAAUAGUUUCAAUUAUAUCAGACGUGCCAAAUCAGAUCUACAAUCGGAUACACCGGUCCAGUUGGUCGCCAACAAAGUCGAUAUGGUGCAUUUACGUCAGGUCAGCCGUGAUGAGGGAGAAAUCUUGGCCAAAGAUUUCGAGUGUAAAUUUAGUGAAGUAUCUGCAGCGGAUCAUGUGGAUCAAGUGGCCGAGGUGUUUAUGGAUUUGUGCAAGGAGGUAGUGGCAUCCAAACGUAAAUCAAAACAAAGUCUAUUGGAACGUAUGUUGGGUAGUUCACGACCCUAUAGUCGGGGGAAGAGUGACAGUAAUUUACCCAAAGAAUAG